AACGGGGUGAUUGUGAUACGGUGAACCGCCGUCACGGUGAGCACAUGAUCCCGAGCUUGACACAUGUGAGGAUCACGAUUUUUUUUCGUCAUCUAUUGCAGUUCAAAACCGUUUGAAAUGGGCAUCACUAAGCAAUAUUUACGUUACGUGCCACUGAGCAAUUUUAAUAUCAUUUGCCAUCCCGACUGUAAUAUAGUCUUCGUUACUUUGAACGGCAUCUCCGACCGAUACGUUGCUGUUGGCGCUUGUGAAAAUGUUGUUGUUUGGGACUUACGCUUGGCUAAAUUGGUCAUGACAAUCGAAGAUGAAGACAUGAAAAAUAAUACUUUGAAAAAAAAUAGUGUUGUUAAAUUGGCUUCGAUUUCAGAAGGUAAACACAUUGCUGUUGGUUAUUCGGACGGUUUGGUGAAUACAUUUAAUUUGACAACCGGUGAACUUGUGGGAACAUUUCAAGGCCAUCGUUCUGCUAUAACUGCGUUAAAUUACGACACUAAUGGUCAUAUGCUCGCAUCGGGUUCUAAAGAUACUGAAGCAGUAAUUUGGGAUAUUGUAGCAGAAAAAGGGUUACAUAGAUUGUCUGGCCAUAAAGGAAUAAUCACAGAAGUUAAAUUUAUGAAUAAAUACAAUAUAGUAUUGACAUCAUCAAAAGAUACUUAUAUAAAGUUUUGGGAUUUAACUACUGGUCAUUGUUUUAAGACAUUAGCAGGUCAUAUAACUGAAGUAUGGACCCUAUCUAUUUUACGAAAUGAUGAUUUUGUUGUGGCUGGAAGUAAUGACGCAGAACUGCGUACUUGGAAAAUUUCAGAAACCAAGGAAGAAGAAUUAGAAAUAAAAAUGACAGAACUUUUGUCCUCUGAGACUAUAUUAGAUUUUACAUCUUCAAUAAAAUGCGUAAAAGCUGGAUCAUUAAUGAGAGAAGGCCCUGGCCGUGUAGUAUCUUCUGCAACUGAUAAUACUAAUCAUGUUCUUUGUUGUCAUGGACAUGGCAAACUAUUAGAGCUAUUUAUUUUUACUGGUGACGGUGAAGCAUUAGAACGUUUACGUAAUCGACAGCGUAAAUUUAGAAAAAAAGCUUUAAAGCGUGGUGAAAAUGAAAAUGAUGAGAAUUUAGCAUUUUUAAAUGAAAAAAGUCCAGCAUUACAAGAUGUAGUACGACGAUUACCAUCUAUUUUAACAGAUUUCAAAAUUAAAUCUGUUGACUUAGUUGUAAAGCAAACUCAUGUCAAAGUUGUUGUGAGUAUGUCGAAUAACUCUUUAGCAAUGUAUUCAGUAUCUUUGACUGAUAACAAAGUAGUUAAAGAAUUACGCAAAAUUUCAUUACAUGGUCAUAGGUCCAAUGUUAAAGUCUUAGCGUUUAGUUCAGAUAAUUUGGCUUUAUUUACCGGUGGUUCAGAAUCAGUAAAAAUGUGGAGCAGGAAAACUCUAAAUUGUAUUCGAACUGUUGAAACAUCAAGUCAGGUUCAAUGUUUAUGUGUUAUUCCUGGUGACAGACAUGUUUUAGCUGGACUUGAAGAUGGUAAUUUGUUAGUUAUUGAUAUUGCAGCAGGAUAUAUCAUUGAAUGCAUUUCUGCUCAUUCUAAAGAUUUAAAAUCUAUUUACAUGCUUCCAGACGAGCUUGGUUGUAUUACUGGUGGAGGUGAUAGCUCAGUUAAAUUAUGGCAAUUGGAAUUGGUAGUUUUACCAAAUUCUGACCGAAGAGUAUUAUCAUUAUUACAUUUAAAGACAAUAGAAUUAGAUGAAAAUGUUCAAUGUGCCAAAGUCAGUCCAGAUAACAAGUUAUUAGCUGUUGCACUUUUAGAUAAUACUAUCAAAAUAUUUUUCAAGGAUACUUUCAAGCACUUCAUUGAUUUGUAUGGACACACUCUCCCAGUGAAUGAUUUUGAUAUAAGUUAUGAUUCUUCACUUAUUAUAACUGCAAGUGCUGAUAAAACUGUUAGAAUUUGGGGUUUAGACUACGGAGAUUGUCACAAACGAUUAACAACCGAUUCUUCAUUGACCAGUAUAAAGUUUAUUCCUCAAACACAUCAGUUUUUCACUUCUGAUAAAAAUGGAAAUAUUAAACAUUGGGAUGCUGAUAUUUUUGAAAGAGUUUUAACACUUCAGGGCCACAGAGGUGAAUGUCGUAAUUUAUCUGUGAGUGGAAAUGGUUAUUUUGUUUUAAGUUGUGGUCAAGAUAACGUCAUACGAUUAUUUGAGAAAACUGAAGAGCCCCUUGUAUUAGAAGACGAACGAGAAGAAGAAAGAACUCAAGAAGAUGAAAAAGAAUUAGCUACAGGAGAAGAAACUAAUGUGUACGGUGGACCAUCGAUCUUAGCAUUGCCAUCAAAGAAGACCAUUUCAUCAGAAAAAGCUGCUGAACUAUUGUUGGAAUGUUUAAAUGUUAUCAAGGAGUACAAAGAUUCGCUUCAUCAAAAUCAGAACACAAGUGAGGAUAAACCAUCCUUACCAAUGAUAAUGAUGGCAUUUAAUGUAAAAACUGCUGAUGAUUAUCUAUUAGAAAUAAUAAAAAGAAUUCGUUCAAGUGAAUUGGAAGAAGUAUUGUUACUAAUACCCUUUUCCAGUGUCUGCUAUUUUAUGGAGUCAUUAAUUCCACUUUUAAAUCAUAUGCACCAUGAAAUUGAGGCUGUAGUUAGGUCUUUAGUCUUCUUGGUCCAAACAUUGCAUAAACCAUUAUCAUCUGUCAAAGACAUGAUGCCUAUUUUAAGACAAUUGCAUCUACUCGCCACAAAGAAAACUAAUGAAUUUAGAGAUUUAGUGGGAGAAAAUUUGCAUUCACUUAUGUUCAUAAAUAACAGCCAAGAAGAAGAAGAUUUAGUAUUCAAUAUUACACAAAAUGUUCAUAAGAAAAGAAAACGUCAAAAACAAAAACUAUUAAAAACCACUUUGGUCAAUUUCUAA